AUGGCAAAGGUCCUUGAUUUACCGGAAAUUCAGCCCUUUGUUGUAUCUGACCCGAGCUCCUUGGCACAACGUUGGGAAAAAUGGACGAAGUCACUAGAUUAUUAUAUUCGAGCUUCAGGUAUCUCUGAUCAAAAGCAGAAACGUGCUAUCUUACUUCAUUUAGCCGGUGCAGAUGUACAAGAAAUCUUUGAAACGUUGCCGGAUACUGGCGAAGACUACAAAACUGCGCUCGAAAAACUGAAUCAACAUUUCAACCCGUGCAAAAAUAUAGCUUUCGAGCGACAUGUUUUCCGACAAGCAACUCAACGCCCUGACGAAUCCAUAGAUGCCUUUGUAACUCGCUUGAGAACCCUUGCCAGAACGUGCCAAUUUAGUGAAAAUCUCGAUGAAAUGCUUCGUGACCAAGUUAUCGAAAGAUGUGCUUCAAACACUCUUCGUCGUCGCUUACUGCGAGAACACGAACUAACGUUGGACAAUUUGUUAGCUAUAGCUCGUUCGUUCGAACUAGCCGACCGCCAGGCAGCAGAAAUGGAACAAAAGUAUGAUUCAUCGUCUCACCUCAAUACAAUUGCGCGACAGAGCUUUCAUCAACAACAACGGCCGAAUUCUAUGAGGACGGAAGACAGUAAUCGACAAAAACGUGCUUGUUAUUGCUGUGGAAACGCAGGGCAUCGUGCGAAAGAUGCCCAAUGUCCUGCACUUGGAAAAACCUGUCGAAAUUGUGGCAAACUCGGUCAUUUUGCCCGGGUCUGUCGUCAGACAAGCGGCAAACCAAGGAACGAUAGGGACAAUGCUCGACUGCUCGAACAGUCCGAAGAUGACUCUUCAGAAAAUGAAUGUUUGUUUACUCUUACUGCUCAUAAUGUUCAACAGCGCUCGGACAGGCUUCAUACAUUGGAACUCGAACACGUUCCUGUGCAAAUGCUCAUCGAUUCGGGGGCUAGUGUUAAUGUGAUCGAUCUGGACACGUAUCAUCGUCUAAAAGCGCAAACAGGUGCCAAAUUGAUGCCCUCCAAUCUUCGUAUUUAUGCAUACGGUUCGCCGACCCCACUAAAUAUUUUGGGAACAAUCACCGGUCGGAUAAAGUGCAACUCUGCAGAAAUCGUGGCAAAAUUCGUAGUCGUGCACAACAAACAUGCUGGUUGUCUCCUCGGAAAGCAAACUGCGACUCAGUUGGGACUCUUGCAUAUUGGACCUCAAGUAUCCUCGGUCAAUUGCGUUGUAUCCUCCGAAUCUCUUCGCCAAAAGUACCCUAGCGUCUUUGAUGGAGUAGGAAAACUCACCAACUACCAGCAGGAAAUUUCCAUCAACCAUGACAUUAAACCUGUUGCCCAGCCCCCACGUCGCAUUCCGUUCCAUGUCCGAAAGCAAGUUUCAGCUAAACUCGAAGAGCUGGAAAGACUGGAUAUAAUUGAGAAAGUUUGUGGCCCAACCCCCUGGGUCUCACCCCUGGUGGUCGUUCCAAAAUCCAGUGGCGAAAUCUGCGUCUGUGUAGACAUGCGGCAAGUAAACACGGCUGUCAUACGAGAGCGGUAUCCGAUUCCUACAAUUGAAGAGAGCUUACAGGAUUUAAAUGGAGCUGCGGUAUUUUCCAAGUUAGAUCUGAAGUGGGGAUAUCAUCAAAUUGAACUGGACGAGAAAUCCAGAGAACUGACCACCUUUACCACCCAUGACGGCUUGUAUAGGUACAAGCGUCUCCUUUUUGGUAUAUCUGCAGCUCCUGAAAUCUAUCAACAUGCAAUUCAACAAGUUUUACAUGGGCUACCUGGAGUCAAAAACAUUUCAGAUGACAUUAUACACUGCAUGAAAAACCGCGUAUUCACAGGUGAAUACGUGCGAAUAUGA